AUGGACGAGGCGUACGCUAGCAGGAACGGCGCUUUCCAACUGCACGGAUGUGCCUCUGACAUUUUCUCGAAAAUAGAUCCAAUAUUAAAGAUCUACCACAAAUGUAAAGGCACGCCUAAACGAAUCACAAUACCAAUCGACCAGGAACAUCUCGAUAAAGUGUUUACCUUCGAUAGGCCUAUUGAUUUGAAGAAGGCUCACGAAAAGGAACAGGAUCAUGAAUACCACGUACCAAAAUGCCCUAACGUGAAAGAAUGGCAGACAACGACGGUUUGA